AUGGUGUUUGUGAAUGAUAGGUGGGCAAAAACUAGAUUUUCAAAAGAAACUCUUGGAAUUAAUGCACUUAAAAUUGUUACAAGUAGCACAUUUUGGGAAGAUGUUGAUUAUGCUUGUAGUGUGCUGAAGCCUUUAGUUAAGGUUGUAAGGUUGGUGGACAUCGAGCGCAAACCUACAAUGCCUUCUUUUUAUGAUGCAAUGAGGAUAUCAAGGAAUCAACUAGAGGAGAAAUUCAGUGAAGAUGAUGAUACGUGGGGUGUAAUUAAGGGUUGCUUUGAGAAAAGAUGGAAGAAUAACUUUAAUCAUGCUCUACAUUGUGCGGCAUACUAUUUGAAUCCUUCCAUAUUCUACACUAUUGAAGCUUAUGAAAUGGAUAGUGAUCCAAAGUACAUAGAAAUCAAAAGAGGACUUCAUACAGCAAUGCAAAGGCUUAUACCCAAUGAAGAUGAACUUGAUGCUGCUACGGGUGAAUUGAGAAAGUAUGCUGAUGCUGUUGGGAUCUUGGGAUCUCCGCCUUGCAAAAGAAGAAGAAAUAAGGAUCAACCUCAUGAAUGGUGGAUUACAUUUGGAGGAAUCGAUGCGCCAAACCUACAAAAAUUUGCAAUCAGAGUAUUGAGUCUUACUUGUUCUGCUUCCCCAUGUGAGCGAAACUGGAGCACAUUUCAAAAUUUGCACUCGCAAAAACGAAAUCGCAUAACGCAACAGAAAUUGAAUGAUAGUGUUUUUAUCCAGUAUAAUAAGAAAUUGCAGCGUCGUUACCUAGAAAUCCAACAAUAUAACGAUAAUGAUAAAGCUAAUGAUCCAUUUUUUCUGGAGGAGCAUGAUGAAAAUGAUGAAUGGUUGGAGUUACGAAAUUUGAAUGACUUGGAGGUUCAUGGUGAUUAUGUAACUUUUGAUGAUUUUCAAGUGAUAGUUAGUGAAGAACGUGGGACUGUUGGUAGUAAAGGUGCCAGUAUUUCUCGAAGUAAGUCUACGUAUCCAACUAACUCGGAGUAUGAUGGAUAUGAUACUGAUGACUUGAUGUUGGACACUCAAAAUGGGCUACUCGGUGGUGUCGGGAAUGAUGGAGUUACUUUAGAUGAUGAUAUCUAUGAUGAAUCAAAUUAUAUUGAUUAG